AUGGCUGCAAUGAAUGUGUUAUCUAAAGCUAAAAGCGGUGCACGGCUACCACCGUUACCAACAAUUCGGGAUUUGGUUCGAUUAUACAAACUGAGAGCAAUUAAACAAUUGUCUCAGAAUUUCCUCAUGGACGAGAGAUUAACAAACAAAAUUGUGAAAGCGGCUGGAAACAUUAAUGACAAUUAUGUAUUAGAAGUUGGUCCGGGACCAGGCGGUAUCACAAGAUCAAUUAUUAGAAAGACCCCACGCAAGCUGGUCGUAGUUGAGAAAGACAGACGCUUCCUUCCUACGCUAGAACUUUUGUCAGAAUCAUCCAAAGAUUUUCUCAACAUGGAGAUAGUUAAUGGAGAUAUUUUAGAUUAUAGAACGGAACAGGCUUUCCCUGAUUGUCCACAACAUGAUUGGUUUGGCAAGCGUGCCCCAGUUCACAUUAUUGGUAAUUUGCCUUUCGCUAUCUCCACCAGGCUUCUGAUUAACUGGUUGCGAGAAAUGAGUUUGCAAAUAGGCGCGUGGUCUCUUGGACGCAGCAGUUUAACAUUAACCUUUCAAAAAGAAGUGGCGGAACGCAUAGUUGCUCCAAUCCUAUCGGAGCAACGCUGUCGUCUAUCUGUAAUGAAUCAAGUUUGGAGUAAGGCAGAGCUUAAAUUCAUUAUCCCUGGAAAGGCAUUUGUCCCGAAGCCCGACGUGGAUGUGGGCGUUGUUACAAUUGUGCCGUUGAAAACGCCUCUUACCACCGUUCAUUUCGAUGUUGUGGAGAAAGUUGCUCGUCAUAUAUUUUCGAUGAGACAGAAAUACUGUCGCCGUGGUGUCGCUAAUUUAUAUCCUCCGGAAGUGCGUGAAGAUCUUACGGAGCUAACAUUCAAAAUUGCAGAUGUCGACCCACUGGCACGAUCCUUUCAACUAUCUACUGAAGAAUGUUUGAGGAUCGCAGAGGCGUACAAUCAGCUAGUGAUGAAGCAUCCUGAAGUUGAACAUUAUAAUUAUCGAGCACAAAAAGUGCAAACGAUUGACGAGGAUUAUUGAUAUGUACUGUAAAUGAUAAUUGUAAUAAAAAUAGUUUAGAUCACGUUCAUAACCAAUGGGCCUUAUUCCCGUAUUCGCUUACACUUAAGCCCUUUUUCUUCUCCACUCUAUUCUCUCUUGACGUGGCGAAAUGAAUUCCGUGAGGUGUAAAGUAGGGGAUGAAAAGUAGCUCGCCUCUGUGUGGUGCAUUCUGGGUAACGUUAAAUGAGCUACACAACGGAGCGACUUAGACAACGGCGUUACUCCAGAGGAGCGGAUGAAAUAUUAAAUGCUGUGGCUCGUCCGCUACACCCAAGACAAAAGUCCCGUCUCGAAGCUAGCCAUCGCCACUCUAGUAAGAUGGCAUAGUGAGAAACAAAUUACUAUGAACAAUCAUGAACGGAAUACGGAUCGGAACAAUCGGCAACGAAUAAAGGUCAACGACUGGAAGCUCGGUACUUGGAACUUUAGAUCGCUAAAUAUCCUGGGUGGCGACAGGAUCCUACUGCAUCAAACCCAUUCCAACGUGACGUGACAUUGCUUUGACUCACUAAAAAGUAGAAGAGUCUGAG